AUGCCUCAUAUACCUCUCUGCUGCUCGUUGGUUGAGCACUGUGCGGCACCCCGCUCGGCGACGGCCUGGGCUCGCGGCAUCGCAGGUGUCGAUGGGCCUCCCGACUUUGACACUCGCAGCGCUAGGGAGCCGUGGCUUUCGCGCCGUCGCGUUGGUCGUUCGGCCUGCAACGCUUGGGUCAAGGGCAAGAUUGGAUGUGCAAAGGGUUUGGACGAAGGGCCAACCUCUGAUCAUAAGGUCGACACGUUGCUCUACAUUCCAAGACCAUAUGCCAAGGGCAGAAGCCGAUUGGAAAGCCUGGCUGAGCUCUUUGUCGUCAUCCAGUAUGCACAUCCAGAGCUGAUCGCCGUACCAGGCAAAUGGGCGUUGACACCGCUGGCCAAACCGGUGACGUGGCAAGCCUCAACGAAAGGCUGCCUCGGCGGGCGUCGGUCGUCAGAAAACCCCAAUAGUAUCAUGCGCAGUGUCGAAUUUGUGCUUCCACUCCACCACGAGCGACUCGUCAUCAUACUGCUCGAUCAGACUUGA